AUGCCCUGGUUCGUCAGCGUGAAAUCCACAUUGGCAUCGUUACCAAACUUCGAGAGGCUCGACAUCAUCGUCGAGGGUUCUCACUCGUCUCAAGGACGCCAAGCUUCACUUCCCCGCUUCCAAGGCUGGCCUGUCUACAAGUCGAUCAAGAGUCUCCGAUUUCUCUGCGCUUGCUCUGCAGAAGGCCAGGCUGUAUCAACUGACCUUACUUCCGCGUGGGGUGGCAGUCAACUGAUUGGCAAGCUUCCGAAUAUCACCAGUCUUCAUAUUCACGGCAUCACACAACUCAAGCUCUUCAACGAUCCCGUGCCCUGUCACGGCUACCCAACCUUGGUUCAUCUCAGACGCCUAAAGCUAACAAACUGCCGAUUCAUCUUCGCAACUUCUUUCAGCCUUCUGCUUGAGUGCUGCAGAUCGCUGGAGGUCUUCAUCUUCAGUCGGGACGAGUCCCCCGAGGGUAGCAUCAUCCAAGAGCUGAGUUGUAACAAUUGGAACCUCGAUUUGGAGAUCACCCCACGUCAAAUAGUUGAUCAAAUCAGCAUAAAGGUACCCAAAGCCCUGAAGCAUUUGGUUAUCGGACCAUGGCUUGGGUGGGAGGGAAUCUUGAAGAGGUUCAUCUUUGUCAAGAUGUGGUACUUGAACCCCAAAGUGCAUGGCCCCCGAUGA